ACAACAUUUUUUCGUUGCAGUUUAGUACAAGUGGAAUCGGCUGUUUUCAGUGAGGAACCAGUCUCCUUAAAUAAUGAUGCAAUUUAUUGUAGGUUUGAUUUUUGCAAGUUGCAUUUCAGUGGUACUCUCCGCAAACUGUGAUCCUGGAACUUGCGAGCUAGGUAAAACCUGCUGUCCAACUGCAGUUCCUGACGUCUACACCUGUUGUCCAUACCAAGAUGCCGUCUGCUGCAGAGAUCAUAUCCACUGUUGUCCAAAAGGCACCGUAUGUGACAGCGAAACAGGAUCGUGCUAUCCAAAAAUGAUGGAUGUUAAACGACGGGAACUGAACAAGUUGGAGAAGAGACAAGGUGUGCCCCCUGAAGAGAGGCCAUUCUACCAAAUUCGAUGUGACGAUGAAACUUACUGUCCUUACGGUAGUACCUGUUGUAUAUCUGUGGAUGGUUCAUAUGGCUGUUGUCCAUAUAGUCAUGCAACAUGUUGUCCGGACAAAAUCCACUGCUGUCCUCAAAACGAGAAGUGCGACGUCACUUCGGAGUACUGCAUCGCCGGAUAUAUCACUUACCCAUCAAAGACCAAGGAACAAGCUUUUACUAUUGAUGAUGACUCCCUGAUAUUAAAAAUAGAUUUAUAUAUCUCGUCUUGUUUGGUGUAUUUUGAUUCGCGAAGUAUGUAUUUGUUAGUGUCUCUUGUUUUGAUAAGUAGCGGUGUAACUGUGUUUUGUCAAGACUGUAGACCAGGUACUUGCAAGCCUGAUCAGACCUGCUGCCCUACUAAUAUUCCAACAAUCUUCGGUUGUUGCGAAUAUGAACAUGCUGUCUGCUGCUCAGAUCGUAUCCACUGCUGCCCAAAAGACAACGUAUGCGACCUCCAGAAAGGGGCCUGUUUCCCCCGAAUGAAAGAGGUAAACAAAUUGGAGAAGAGACGAGGUGCUCUGGAUGAAGUCCGGAUUUCUCAAACCAAAGUGAUGUGCGACGCUACGACAUACUGUCCAUACGGUAGUACCUGUUGCAUGAGCGCUGAUGGGUCGUACGAUUGUUGUCCAUAUCCUCACUCUACAUGCUGUCCGGAUAAACGCCACUGUUGCUCCCACGGCACAGUGUGUGACGCCACAUCGCAGUAUUGUAUCGAAGAAGAUGAUGGACACGUUACUACGUCCGAAUUGAAGGAACCAGCGAUGGAUAUUAAUCGGGAAGAUUUACUUAGGCUAAGUCUUUCUUGUUAUUACGGUUUGUUUGUUGUACGACGGUUUCUCCCAAUGAAGAUGCAUUGUUUAGCAAUUCUGGUCUUAGUGUCUAGCGUUGUGGCAGUAUUAAGCGAGGGUUGUUCGCAAGGCACAUGCAAGUCCGAUGAAACCUGUUGUGCUACUAGUAUUCCGGGAGGGUACAGCUGCUGUCCUUACGAAAAUGCCGUCUGCUGCCCAGGUGGAGCUCGUUGUUGCCCGCAAGGUACCGUAUGUGAUGUACCCUCGGGAUCAUGCCGCCCCAAAAUGCAAAGGCAGCAAAGCAAGCUUCUAAACUUCGAUGAUCUGGUGAAGAGACAAGGCGAUGCUGUAACCGUGUCUAGUGAUGACUGCAAGCCAGGUACAUGUUCAUCUGAUGAAACUUGCUGUCCUACUGCCAUUCUAGGAGACUACAGUUGCUGCCCUUAUGUAAAUGCCGUUUGCUGCAAAGGUCACGCCUUUUGUUGUCCAGAAGGUACCGAAUGUGAUCUCGCAGAGGAAAAAUGCAUUUUAAAUGACGAAAUCGAGGAGAGCGAGUUUGAGAAGCGUCAAGGCGAUCUCGAUGAAGAGAGCACUGACAAGAAACAGUGCGCUGACGGUAGUCUCUGCUCAUCUGACAGUACAUGCUGCGUGGUUGCAGGGGGUAAAUAUGGGUGUUGUCCUCAUCUCAACGGAGUUUGCUGCCCUGAUAAGAUUCAUUGCUGUCCCCAAGGCGAGAAAUGUGACGUCACAUCGCAUUAUUGUGUUAAGAAAGAAAUGGUGCAUCACUCUUCAGUGAGAGAACAAGCUUCGCCAGUUCAUUCUGAAGAUUCGUAUUCAGAUUUAUAUAUGGCAUCUUCGAGAAUGCGUUUCUUCGCUGCUCUAGUUUUCUCCGUCGCUCUCUGCGGCGUCUUUGGUGAUGAUUGUCCUCAAGGAUUAUGUGACACCUCUGAAACCUGCUGCGACGGCCCAUCCCCAGGUCUUUAUGGUUGCUGCCCAGAACCAAAUGCCGUCUGUUGUUCCGAUGGGUUGCAUUGCUGCCCUCAGAACACCGUCUGUAAUCUGUCUGCCGGCACCUGUGACGACAAAGAAGGGAACAGGCUGCCUUUCCUCCACAGAAAGAGAGUCAUUGACCCACCAGUCGAAAAGCCCAAAUCUGCAUUCCUGAGUCUCGCAAACAAAUUAGAGGUCAUUUACUGUCCAGGAGGUGUUUACUACUGUCAAGAUGGCACUACUUGUUGUUUACUUCCUACCGGCCAGUACGGAUGCUGUCCAUAUCCCAAUGCCAUCUGCUGCCAGGAUAGAAUUCACUGCUGUCCAUAUGGCACUCAUUGUGACAGCACAUCCCAGUAUUGCCUUCAAGGUUCCAACAGAUAUGCUGCUCUCUUCAAGCGCCCAGCAUUUCCCAUGAACUAAAGAGACUCUAAAAGACGAUUUUGUGUUUCGAUUUAAUGUUAUAUAGGAAUUUUUAGAGAUAUAUAUCAUGUCUAAACUUUAAAUUAAUGAUUUUAGUCUGAACAAUAAAUUUGUUUUUGAUACUA